GAAGCCCAACUCAGCCCGAGCUGUUCCUUCUGCGGGUGGAUGAACGGGAUGCUGCUGCCCUCCAGAGCUGAACGCGGCCGGUAGGAUGAGAAGGAAGGAGAGUCCUUUCGGUGCUGCAGUUCUUGAAAGCCUUGUGCCGGCAACGAACAGGGAGCUGCGAGCGUUUGAGAAACGGUGGGCAGGUAGAGGAGCCGUAAGGAAGAGGCGCCGAGAGCGGGUCAGGCAAGACAAGAGCAGUGGGAACAGGAAGAAGUUUCUCUGCCGAGACGAGAAAAUGGUUCACGAGGCAAACCCGGUGCGCAAACACCGCAGCGCAGGAGUGGAGCCCAGCGAUCAGCCGCUGACUGUGCCGAAGUCUGCCGACGUCUCAAGUAGACUCCGGUGCUGACGGGCAUCUGUGUCCGCUCUCCGGAC